CGGGGCGCGGAGGGGAGGUAGGUAUGGGAUAGGAGUGACAAAUCAAGUCAGGUCAGGAACAUGCAGAGGCGGACACAGGCCUGGGGAACUGGGGGCGGAGCACAGUGGGACAGAGCCCCGCGGGUCGUGACAUCCCAAGUACGAUCUUCACGAAACAGAAAUGACCACGCCUCGGCCUGCCCGGCUCCUCCCUCGGUACCCGCCUGGGCUCCCUCCUAGGCUGAAGUUCCGGCUGGUCCCCUCCAGGAGGACCCGUCCCCCCAAGCCCCAACAGGCUGCCCCUCCUCUUCCCAAGAUGCUCCGCUCCCGGCCCAGUCACGGGUAUCUCGCGCGCUACCAGUUCCCGUCCAGCUCUGGUCCAGGCAGGCAGCAGGACAGCGGACAAGCGCCACGCAGCCGCUGGGGCUCGUACUGGUCACUACAGGCGCGGGACUACUCGGUCAGUGUGGGCCCCACUGCAAGAAGGGGGGACGGGGGCAGCCCGGGUAUUUGGGGCGGCCGGAACCUGGAAGUCUCCUACUCCAACCCUCAGUGUCCCGAGAAUCCCCGCUCCAACAUUCCCAGCAAGUGGUCGUCGGCUUGGGGAAGCUGCCAUUCCCUGAGUCAGCCCACUCUGCUGUUGGACAGCUCUUCCUUCUCUCUGUGUUCCAAAGUCUACCUCCAGGCUACUGGCCUCCAGUUCUGUCCUCGAGCAGUUCCUGACAUAUCCUUCAGACUGAGGCACCAUGGCCACCUUGUGGCCCUUGAUCCUGGCUGUGGCUGGCAGCCUGGCCAUCACCCGGCCCCCCAACAUCAUUCUGAUCUUUGCCGAUGACCUGGGCUAUGGAGACCUGAGGAGCUACGGCCACCCCAGCUCAUUCACACCCAACCUUGACCGACUGGCAGCUGGUGGCCUCCGCUUCACUGACUUCUACGUGCCUGUUCCUCUGUGUACCCCAUCAAGGGCAGCACUGUUGACUGGACGGUACCCUGUACGGUCAGGGCUCUACCCAGAUGUCCUAUACCCUGGCUCCCGUGGUGGUCUCCCCCUGGAUGAGGUGACCAUGGCUGAGGUCCUGGCUAAGAGGGGCUACCUCACUGGGAUGGCUGGCAAGUGGCAUCUGGGGGUGGGGCCCAGUGGCUCCUUCUUGCCCCCACACCAGGGAUUCCACCGCUUCCUAGGAAUCCCCUACUCCCAUGAUCAGGGCCCUUGCCAGAACUUGACCUGCUUCCCACCAGCCACACUCUGCUUUGGAGGCUGUGACCAGGGUGUUGUCCCCAUCCCGCUGAUGGCUAACCUGUCGGUGAAGGAGCAGCCGCCCUGGCUUCCUGGGUUGGAGAAGCAGUAUGUGGCCUUUGCUCAGAACCUCAUGGUGGAUGCUGCCCGCCAAGGCCAGCCUUUUUUUCUGUACUAUGCCUCCCAUCAUACCCACUACCCCCAGUUCAGUGGGGAAAGCUUUGUGGGGCGCUCUGGCCGAGGACCAUUUGGGGACUCCUUGAUGGAACUGGACUGGGCUGUGGGGACACUGCUGAAUACUGUGGAAAGCCUUGGACUACUCAAAGAAACUCUGGUCUUUUUCACUGCGGACAAUGGCCCUGAGACUCUGCGUAUGUUCCGGGGUGGCUCCUCUGGCCUUCUCCGCUGUGGAAAGGGGACAACCUAUGAGGGUGGUGUCCGAGAACCUGCUCUGGCCUUCUGGCCAGGCCACAUUAUGCCAGGGGUCUCCCAUGAGCUAGCCAGCAUCCUGGACCUGCUGCCCACUGUGGCUGCUCUGGCUGGAGCCCAUCUGCCCAACGUUACCCUGGAUGGGGUGGAUCUGAGCCCCAUUCUGCUGGGCACAGGCAAGAGCCCAAGGAAGACACUCUACUUUUACCCUCCAUCCCCUGAUGAGGUCCGAGGUGUCUUUGCUGUCCGACACGGGAAGUACAAGGCACAUUUCUUUACCCGGGGUUCUACACACAGUAGCAUGGUUGCUGAUCCAGCUUGCAAUGCCCCGCUGACUGCCCAUGAGCCCCCGCUGUUGUUUGACCUGGAGACAGACCCUGGUGAGAACUAUGAACUCCUGAGCCGUGUUCCCAAGAAGGAGAUGAAAACAGUCCUGGAGGCCCUGAAGGAGAUGAGGCUACUCAAGGCCCAGUUUGAUGCUGCCAUGACUUUUGCAUCAAGUCAGAUCAACAAAGGCCUAGACCCGGCUCUGGAGCUUUGCUGCCGUUCAGGCUGUUCCCCCUGGCCAAAAUGCUGCAGCUGUCCUGGCCCUCGGGAAGGACACUCCCCUCAAGUGACUGCAUAGACCCCAGAGUGACCUCAUGGUCUUUCAGUCACCCCGGAGGCCUUAUUGACCGCUAAUCCUUAAAACUGACAUUCAAGGACUAUUCUCUAACUCAUAAGCAGGGGCAUACAUCCAGCAUGUAUCCUCUCCACAUGAAUCUCAAGCUCAGGCCACAUCACUGGAUACUGAGCAUGUACCAGGAUUGGGGGGGUAGAGGGUGGGGCUGUCACUGGCCAUUGGCUCAGACAUCCUAGCCAGAACCUUCUCUCUGAGCAAUAGGAGGUAACAAUUUCCACAAUACCCUGGGAUCCCUAAGGGUCAGUUAUUUCUUCUGAAAUAUCCACAUAGAGAAUUCCAACAUUUAGCCCUGUCUGAAUGGCGAUGCCUUGGGCUAUGGAAUACAGGUGAGACAACUGGUUUCAGUCACUCAUGGACAUUCAUGGGAGAGUAGAUAAAAGCACAGCCUCCAAAUCCUCAACAUUUGCUAUUAAAAUAAACUCUUUACUAAGAUUAAAACACAAGCAUUGAAUUAAGCACUAAUUAUGAAUUUUUCCAAUAAAAUUUAAGGGAAAAUACCAGGUGGAGCAAGAUUUAAAUAAAUACCAACA